GGAUCAACUACAAAAGGCAAACUGACAUCUUUCACAGUACAUUUUAAUAACAAUUUUCUAUAUUUUGUAAAUAAUGAUUGGUCCAGGAUGAUUUUUCCAUAUAGAGCUGUAACUGCCAUUGAGGACAUGUCAUGUCAUGGGAAUGUGUUUUUCUCCCUUUUUAUUCAACAUACUUAAAAGGUCUAUUUGACUUUUGUCUGGCAAAAAAAAUAUGCCACAAUUCCAAUAAACUAAAGGAAUUUAGCAUUUAUUGCUGUAAGUGUGGAGAGGGAUUCGAUCAGCAUUUACAUCAUCACAUAGCAAAAAAAAAAAACCCAACAUUACAUUAAAUAAAUAAAAUGUGAAAUAAUCAAAUGCUAUUCAAAAGCCAAGCAUAUGAAAACGUCUUAAUUGAGUGGAGACAGAGAUACAGAUGGGAGAAAUGGGUGUCCUGGUGCUCCAAUUGAGCUACUGGUUCGCCCUCACUUAUCUAUUAAUUCGGUAAGUAAUCUGUAUCCAGUGAUACCAGCAUUUAGACCACAUGCCUGGAUUGGGAAUUCCAGUUAAUGAAGUGGCAUUCUGGCUACAGUCCUGUUUCAAUACAGGCUUAACUAGAAAGCGAUUCCAAUUUUAAAUCAGAUAUGAUAACACAAUAACAUCUCUUUAAAUAAACCAUGUUUUACUUAUAGCAGUAGGCUCUGGAGUAAGACAGUGAUUCGUGUUCACACGUCCUGAUCUAUUACGUCUUCCUCCCAAGAGGGUCGCUGGGUGAAAGGACGCCACCUGGUGGUACAAUCAGCUUGUCUGUGUUAAAUACAUGCCUGGUUCAGAAUUUCGCAGUUUCUAAAUAGAGGAAGGGCACCCCGGCACAGGGUCUGUUCCACCUCAACAUAUCUACUCUCUACGCACCGCUGCUUACUCCUGCCUGCAGCCUGCACACGGAGAACAGGAGGGUCUGCUGCUUCCUUGCUGCCGCUGAGGGUGAGCCUGCUCCCCUUCUCCUCCUCCUCCUCCUCCUCCUCGACCGGCCCUCCUCGGAGCAGAAUGCGCUGAUCUCUGCUCAGCCUGUGGAAGCAUGAUUUCUGUCGUCUCCACUGUGGAGAGCGUUCCCAGAGGUACGGGCACCCCGGCGCCGAGCCUUUACCAGCGGAUCAGGAAGGUCUUAACCAGGGACCUGUUGGUGACCCUGGCCCUGGGUCAGAUCCUGUCCUUGUUAAUCUGUGCUAUUGGUCUGACCAGCAAGUACCUGGCUGAUGACUUCCAUGCUAACACGCCGGUGUUCCAGAGCUUUCUUAACUACAUCCUGCUGUUUCUGGUCUACACCACCACACUGGCAGUCAGGCAAGGUGAAGGAAACUUGUUGGCUAUUCUGAAGCAGCGCUGGUGGAAAUAUAUGAUUCUGGGUUUGAUAGACAUCGAGGCCAACUAUCUGGUUCUGAAAGCUUACCAAUACACUACACUCUCCAGUGUACAGCUGUUAGACUGUUUUGCCAUCCCUGUGGUCCUGUUGCUGUCCUGGUUCUUUCUCUUGGUGAGGUACAAGGCUGUCCAUGUGGUUGGGGCAGGACUGUGUCUGUUGGGUAUUGGCUGCAUGGUGGGGGCUGACAUCCUACUUGGCCGCCAGCAAGGCCUUGGAGAGCAGAAGCUGUUUGGAGAUCUAUUGGUUCUAGGAGGAGCAACACUGUAUGGGAUCUCCAAUGUCUGUGAGGAGUUCAUAGUGAAGAACUUGAGCCGUGUGGAAUUCCUUGGCAUGAUGGGCCUCUUUGGAUCCUUUUUCAGCGGCAUCCAGCUGGCCAUAAUGGAACACAAGGAGCUACUGAAGGUACCUUGGGACUGGCAGAUAGGUCUUCUCUACAUUGGGUUCAGUGCCUUUAUGUUCAGCCUAUACAGCUUCAUGCCGGUAGUUAUGAAGAGGACAAGCGCCACCUCAGUCAACCUCUCUCUGCUCACAGCUGACCUGUACAGCCUCUUCUGUGGCCUAUUCCUCUUUCACUACAAGUUCUCAGGCCUUUAUCUGUUGUCAUUCUUCAUCAUUAUCUUGGGCCUGGUCUUUUACACCUCCUCGUCUACCUAUGUGGCCCAGGACCCACGGGUCUACAAGCAGUUCAGGAACACAGGCAGCCAGCCAGCCACUGACCUGCCCCAACUCAGUCCUGUAGUCCUGGAGCCUGCCGUCACCUACACCAGCCUGGGCCCCGAGCCAGGGGACGAACCUCCUGUACGUGUAGCCUAAGAUGAUCUGCAGGAGAGUUUACACUGUCAGUCUGGUGGAUCAGUGAGUCAGCUGCAGCCUCCAGGUUCUGACCACAGUUGUGUACAGAGAGAGAGUAUUGGCUGCACCCAGUCUGCUAAGCAGGGCAACUGGGUGAUCACCCAGGUACGUCCAGGUUUUGAUUUUUUGGCCUGUAUUGAGGGAUGAAGUCUCCACCCACUCAGUGACCAAGUUAGACAAAUUCAUGUACCCAAAUAUGUACCUGCUAAAUGAAUGACAAGAAUGUAAUUAAAAACAAAUAGCAAAACAAGUAAAAAUGUUGAGUUCACUGUGAUCAAAGAGUAGACAGUAGUGACUGUAAAUGAUCAUUCAUGUAUAUAGAAGGUAUUGUAACUUUAUUUAAUCUGCUUUCUUUUUAUAUCUGUCAAGAAUAUUUGUGCUCAAUCUCUGUGUAUAUGCUGUAUAAUUGUGUUUGUAUAUUCUGUACCAAUGGUUGUAUUGAUUAUUCUGCCAAACGGUUAAUGGUUUUACCCAUAUUACUUCCAAAUUGAAUAUCUGAUCAGAAUCUACAGUCUUUCCAAAUCCGCCUGCUCUAAUUGUCCAACAGAUUUAGUUAUCUGUUAAAGUAAUACAUACACUAGAGUCAUUUAAUACUUCACUGAAUUAAUUUACCAACAUGUAUCACACAAACCUAUGCUAGUGUGUGAUAUAUAGCAUCAGGGCUGUAGACAUUGAGGACAGUGAGGUCAUGUCUUCAGUCUUUUUCUUUGAAUAGUUUAGUAAAACUAACACAUGGUGGAUAAUUCAUAGCCUAGUUCCAGUAUGUGUACAUUCACUACAGUUAAAUUUGACUUUUUUAGGCCAAUGAAAUAGAAACAAAAUAAGAGAAAUAAAAUAAUAGAAAUGAAACCGA